ACGGAGUAUGUAUAUAGUAUUUUGUUAAAUUACAGUAUGUUACUUGUUUGUUAGAAUCCCUUCUUCCCUUGUCUUCAAAAUUAAAUUUCGUAUAUGUUUCGACAGAUCUCUCUAAAUAUAACCAUUUUUUCAUUCUGUUUUAUCAGUAAGCAAAAUAAAAUCUCUUAAAUUCGUGUGAAAAAGUGACGAAAAUCUGCAGUCCAAAGGAGAGAACGGUACACCGCAUUGGUCGUACUUCCCGAAAAACAAAAAUUUAUAUAACUUGAGUAUAUAAGUAUUUUAUAUAAUUUUUCUGACCGACUACAUAUAUAUUGAGUUGGCAUAACAAAAAGCAAGCAUAAAAAAAAUAAAAAAAAUCCUGAAAAGGUUGCAGCAUUUACUUAGCUCCUUGAAGAUGGCCCAAUAUGAGGAAAUUGGAAAUGUGAACAUCUGGUGGUUCCCCGAGGACUUUUGCCAAUCCCGCUUUGGGGACUAUCGUAAGAGCGGAACAAAUUCUUGCACGCUGAUCUCUUUAAUAUUAGCCGAUAAGGUGUCCAAGAUGCCAAGUCUCAGCCAGAACGUGAAGGAGCUACCGGAAAAGGCCUGGGAUCUCAUUGGCGAUUCGAUCAAUGAGGGCAAUAUUGUCUAUCAUGAUGAAAUUUCGGCUAAUCUCAAUAUUAAUAUACCGGAUGCUAUGGCAGCUAUACGCUCUCAUCACAAGAUCAACUUUCUCCUCGAGGAAUGGUUCUUCACCCAGGUGGGCUCCGAUCCGCUUAGUCCAAUGAUUGUCGGCGUUGAGUUGUCACGCAUCUUUACCACUACUUUGGAUGCCUUCAAGCAGGUCGACGGCGGGAAUACGCCGUCCCAGCUGUUUGCUGCCAUCGUCGCUGAUUGCCGCACCGUCAUGGUGAGCAUCGACCUGCGUACCUCGAUCGCAUUCAUUGUCGAUUCACAUCAGCAUGGCAAUAAUGCUGGCGCCUUCUUUGCCCAGAGCGACGCGCAUUAUAUAAGCGAUUUAAUGUUCUGGUUCAUCAGCAUGCUGGAUCAUAUCUUUUCCAGUCAUCCGGCUAUCUUUGAGAUAUCCUUUCUGUGUGCUAUGCCAGAUAUCGCACUUCGAAUUCCUCCAGCUGUUAAGCAACACGCCAAUAAUAUUUGCAAGUUCAAGAAGUCAUCGAAGACAGCGUAGCUCUUCCUUGAGUCACAUUGUUAAUUUCACUUGAAACAAAUUUCCUAACGAAUUUGAAGACCCACCCAUAGACACGAAACCCGUUUAAUCCCCUUCAUUGUUGAAGUUGUAUUUCUAAGUUAUUGUUUCUGUUAAUUAACACAAAUAUGUAACCGGCAGUAAUAUCCCCAUAUUAUUUAAUAAAAUUUGUAUUUUUUGUGUUAA